CAUGAAAAAUAUUUACUCACAAAUUCAUAGCGAUCAAGUAAUCAAAGUAAUAAAGAAAAGAAAACCAAGCUCCAACAAUGUCGGGAAUCAUGCACAAGAUGGGUGAGACCCUCCACAAGGGAGGUGCCAAGAAAGAGGAAGAGAAGCACCAGGGAGAAGGUGACUAUGAUGGCGAUGGCCAUGGCUAUGGCACGGGCAUGACUGGGGACACGUACAUGGGAGAGGCUGGUCAGGGCCAUGCCUAUGGCGAGCAGCACAAAGAAGGCUUAAUGGAUAAGAUCAAGGGCAAGAUCCAUGGCGACGGAACUACGGAACAUGGUCAAGAGGGCGAGAUGAAGAAGAUGGAGAAGAAGAAGCAUGAAGGUGGUCAUGACAGCUACAGCGACAGUUAUUAGACCUUCACUCCCUUGUAGUAUCGGGUGCAAGAGAUGAAUCUAUGGUUUGUCAUAUGCUUUACUUUAUGAA